AUGGACGCGUUUCGCGCCGAGAUUGCCCAUCGCUUCAAAGACCCCGGAAGUUCAGGUGCGGACGCUUUGGACGUACCUCGAGGGGUGACCAUGAAGUUGGUUAUGAAUUUUCUCGAUGAGGUGACCACGUUUCUGCACGGUAAUGCCGACUCGAUCGGCUCUCUCGUCGAGAACACCAGACCGAACGUUGUCGCCUCCUCGUUUCCCAAGUCGCUGACGACUCUCGCCGUCCACAUGGCUGACGCGAACCUCGAAAAUGAAGAGGACUAUACAAACGACUCUGAGGUUGCUUUUAGCGCCUGUAAGUCACCUUCGUGCGGCACCCUUCCUCAAACAAAGGUUAAAUCUGAAUUCUGUGAAAAUACGGCAAUCGAAGGUGAUGUUUCGUCUCAACUUUUGGAAGAAGCUGUCAAGGAAUGCCAGACAACGAAGGAACUACUUCGAAGUCCGCUUCGGAGCCCUGGCUAUCCUGAGCACUGUUCCCGCGACGACGCUGCCCGUCUGGAGGAACAGCGAGGUAUCAUAUCGACACAUGUUAUCAACAACAACCUCUCUCUGAAUCAGGACUCUUCGAAACUGUUGUGGCUACUGCAGCUGCAGAACGUGUUCGCCAUGCAGCUUCCUCGGAUGCCGCGCGAGUACGUCGCCCGGCUGGUGUUCGACUAUAAACACAAAAAUAUGGUUCUUGUUAAGAAAGGCGAGGUGGUUGGCGGAGUGUGCUUUCGAAUGUUCCCCUCUCAGGGUUUUACGGAAAUUGUGUUUUGCGCGAUCACUGCAAACGAACAAGUGAAGGGCUACGGAACGCAUCUGAUGAAUCAUCUGAAGGACUACCACAUCCAGAAGGGCGUGUAUCACUUCUUGACGUACGCUGAUGAAUUCGCGGUGGGCUAUUUCCGCAAACAGGGCUUUUCGCAGCAGAUCGGUCUGCCGACUUCCGUCUAUCAGAGCUUCAUCAAGGAGUACGAAGGUGCGACACUGAUGGACUGCGAGCUGAACCCAAAGGUGAUCUAUACACAGUACAGCGUGAUGAUUCGCAAGCAAAAGGAGCUGAUUCAAAAGCUGUCCGAAAAGCUGGUCCCCAGCUACAAUCCAGACAUUGUGUACCCAGGCUUGCAACUGGAUAAAAUAUCUUCUUAUCUCGACAUCCCUGGUUUAAAGGAAGCCGGAUGUGUGGAGUCUAAGAAUCGUCCGGCUCUGAUCGACCCUGAUCAGUUGACGAGUACGCUGAAGCAUAUUCUCACUAAAGUGAAAAAUCACAAGUCCAGCUGGCCGUUUCUGAGACCCGUCGAUCCUGAGGAAGUUGCUGACUAUUACGGCUUCAUCGAAUAUCCGAUCGACCUGAAAACCAUGACCGAGAGACUAAAACGAAAUUACUAUCGAUAUCCUGAGCUGUUCGAAGCUGAUAUGCAUCGCAUGUUUGCCAACUGCAAGCGCUUUAACGACGAGGAUACAGAAUAUUACAAAGCGGCGCUUACUCUGGAGCGGUACUUUGGCGAACUCUGGACGCAUGUUAACUCAGAGCUCUAA